AAACUCAGAGACCUGCCCCUUCCUAAGUUUCUCGUCUUCUUCGACAAUAUAAACAAUGCUAUCGAGGCCACAAAGUUCCUGCAGUCGUGUUUGCCACAAGAAUGUCAAGAUAAGGUCAAGUGGUCUAAUGCUGGCAUGACAAUGUACUUUAAACAAGACGAGGUGAAGAAUUAUACACAAGGAAUCACAUGGGGGUUUUGUAUGACAGAAUCCUUUGGAAUGGGCAUUGAUAUCACUGAUAUCCACAUUGUAAUUCAGUGGCAGGCAACAUGGUGUUCACUGUCUACGAUAUGGCAGCGCUUUGGUCAUGCUGUUUGA